AUGCAGGGCAGAGGCAGCCUGUCCAGGGACACUGUAAGCCCUUGCCUGGAGGAGCCUCAGACAGUUCCUCCAGGUGGCGGCGUUCUGCGGGCACAGAUGCACCGCAAUUGCAUGCUCGACCUGUGGGACCUCCGAACACCACAGAGAGAGAGAAAACUGGUGUGCAGGUACAGAACAGGAAGAGGAAACCCGCUGGUGCUAUUCAAAGAGGAAGUGGAGUGGGAUCAGCCUACAAUACUACGAUACCAUGACUUUCUUUCUGAAGGAGAGAUAGACACCAUCAAAACACUGGCCAGGCCAAAGCUUUCCAGAGCUAAAGUCAUAGAUCCAGUCAAUGGACAAAAAGUUUCUGCUGCAUCCCGUGUGUCAAAAAGUGCGUGGCUCUCUGAAGAGGAAAAUCCUGUGAUCACACAGAUCAACCAAAGAAUCACUGAUGUCACUGGUCUAGAAUUGGAGACAGCAGAGGAGCUCCAGAUUGCAAAUUAUGGAAUUGGAGGCCAGUAUGAGCCACAUUAUGACUCAAAGCUGACAAAUGACUCAGACUUUCAACUCAGAGGAGGCCGGAUUUCUACUGUCCUAAUCUACAUGAGUGAUGUGGACAUUGGUGGGGCAACAGUGUUUCCUGUCAUUGGUGCAGCUCUUCAGCCAAAGAGGGGUACAGCAGUGUUGUGGUUUAACCUGCUAAGAAAUGGAGAUGAAGAUGCCAGAACUUUACAUGCAGCGUGUCCUGUGUUUGUAGGCAAUAAAUGGGUUGCCAACAAGUGGAUUCGUUCUCAUGGGCAAGAGUUCAGAAGAAAGUGCUCUACGAUCAAAUCUGAUUAAAAGACCCAAAGAAGACUGCACAGAAGAGACAAUGUGACGUCAUUAAAGGGUUAGUUCACCCAAAAAUG